UAACAGUGAGUGCUAUUAGUGGAAAGGACUCUUCUGAGAAUUUGUGCUUUUGGGUAUGUGGAUUUUUGUUAAUUUUUGAGAUAAUUUUUGGCUCAGUGUAUUUUUGCGCGGAAAGUAUAUCGCGAUUGUCAGUGUGUUGACAGUGAAAUUCAAAGUGCCAAUAGAUUUUUAAAAAAUUGGUGUCUAGAAAUUUUUGGAGAAAUUUUCCAAACAAAAUUUUACGGUAAGAUGCAAACGAAUGAUCCGACGGGUCACGUAAUCAUGGAAGAUCUGUCAGAUAGGAGUGAAAACAGUCAUUCGGAAUUUAAGGUGAAUGGUUUCCAGGAUUAUAACAGAAUUAAGGAACUGAAUUUAUCUCUGGAGAAAAUCAAAGACGAGCCAAUUAUCGAAUCGAAGGAUUUUCAUUUUCCGCUUGAUGCUUGCAGACAGCGAAGUAUGGUGUUUGAUGGAUUCUCUGGGGAGAGAAAUAGAGAUCAUUCUGUAUCGUUAGAGAAAUCCAAGGACUUUACGUUACCUAUAACAAAAUCAAAGGAUCCAGCAAAUUAUCCUAUGGACCGAUCGAGCGAUGCUGACUCAUUUUUGGAAUCUCUCUGCAAGGCAAAGGAUUCCACUGCAGCUGGUAUCCUGUUCAAUUUCACGCGAGACGGUCGUCAAAAAUCCCUUCAGACGUCCCUGGACAGGAGCAAGGGUCCAGGAAUCACGACAGAUAGAGAGAUCAAAGGUUUUGGGAUGCUGAAGAAUAAUUUAUCUAUAGAUCGAAUAAACGAGUUCAAUAUGUAUUUAGAUCGAAUGCGAGAUUCUCAUAUUGGAAAUAUUGCCCUGGACCGAAUUCCUCCAAAUGCAUUGCUCGAUGCUCCUUCCAUGCUGGAAUCGAACUACUUCCGGAAUUUUCAAAUGCAACCAAGAAGUCCUGAUCUCGAGACCAUCACUCUGGAGGGCAUGAGAAGAUCACAUUUAUCCAAGACUGAAAGAUCUCCACAGAAUUUGGCUACGCAACUUCCACACUCUAUCACGCACAUGCAACACUCGCAGCAGCAGCAACAACAGCAACAACCCAAAUCCUUUACUAUUGACUAUAUUCUUGGACACAAAAAUAAUCCGCGUGAGAAACAUCAGCGAGGUCAGCAACAACAAUUUCGCAAACAUCAAGGUACAGUAUUUACGUUUAUGCCAAAG